UUCAUGAUUCACUACCUAGCUACCAGAACAUCAAUUCAAAUAGUUUGUCCUGAAAGACUCGACAUUUGCUUCUCUUGUUUUUCAGUAAUGAAUGGGUGCAGGGAAGACAAGUCAUGGUGCUAUUCCCAUCCACAACAAGUGGUGAUUGGGGUUUGCCCUGUGUGCUUAAAAGAGAGGCUUCUUCUCUUAGCUUCAGAGCAAGCCCGGUCUCCAUCGUCCAACAGAGGAUUUGUUCAAAAGAAGCCCCGCAUUCACCUCCCCAACAUCUUUGCUUUACCCUCACUCAAGCAUUGGAAACCCCGAGAUUUUGAUCACCACGACGCUUCAACAGGCCAAGAAGAGUCUUUUAUCUCAAUCAAGUUCGGAGAGAAUGGGGUCGGAUCAUGGGAAAAAGGCAAAGUUUCAAAGGUUUCACUUGAGAAUUGCAGCAUGUCGUGGAACCCCACGUUGGGCAAGGACCUAAAAGAGUGCCAUAAGAGUGUGAUCCAGCAUCCCAACUCAGGUGGCACGCUCCGGUGGCCAAAGCGGAUGGGUCACUUGUUUCAGCUCGUAAAGUGGAAGAGGUCGACCUCCAAGGCCGAGGGAAUCAAGACCAUGAAGAAGACCUGGAUAAGGAGGUAUCUUACAAAGAGAACCUAAGAAUAAAAGUCUUUUAUUUCUGUAUAAAAAGUGAUAGCAACUCCAUUGGCUUCUUCUUCUUGUAUUGUACUAAUAUUUCUGAUUAUCA